AACACGUUGAGUUCUCUCCAAGCCACUUGGGCUGUAGAUCCGUCUUGCUAUUUCCACCUCCUCGACUUCCUCAGGCAGGGAUCUUUGCUCGUGCUCUUUGUUCAUCUCACUUCAAGUACUUAACGCGGCUGUAGACAAAAAAAAAUGGCACCUAAGAAGGACGUUAAGAAAGCAGAGCCUAAGGCUGCUGCUGCUCCCGCUCCCGCCCCGGCCGCCGCACCAGAGCCGGAGAAGCCCAAACCUCUGGACCUGUCCAGCGUCAAGAUCGAUUUCUCCGCAGAACAGCAGGAAGACUUCAAAGAGGCCUUCCUCCUCUUUGACAGGACAGGCAACAGCAAGAUCGCCUACAACCAGGUGGCUGAUGUCAUGCGUGCUCUUGGCCAGAACCCCACCAACAAGGAUGUGAAUAAAAUCCUGGGUAACCCCACCCCCGAGGAAAUGAAUGCCAAGGCCAUUGACUUCGAUCAGUUCCUGCCCAUGCUGCAGACUGUGGCCAACAGCAAAGACAAGGGUGGCUAUGAAGACUAUGUUGAGGGUCUGCGUGUCUUUGACAAGGAGGGCAACGGCACUGUCAUGGGUGCUGAGCUGCGCAUUGUCCUGACCACACUGGGUGAGAAGAUGACUGAGGGUGAGGUGGACACUCUGCUGCAGGGUCAGGAAGAUGAGAACGGCAGCAUCAACUACGAGGCCUUCGUCAAGCACAUCAUGUCCGUGUAAAGCAACUUGAAGAGGACUGGUGUGAGUGCGGAACUAUAUCUGAAGACCCAAUGGUGUCAGGACAUCUACUUCACCAUUUUGUAGACCAACAAAGGAAAAAAAGGACUAUGGGAUGUAUUUCUGAUAUGUUCUGUUUUUUUUUCUUUUUGUUUUCCUUUUUGGAUCCCUUCACCCAACAUCAUCCCCCUCUUCCCCCUGCUGCCCCAGGACAACAGUCACGCAGCAUUCACUGAGGUGUCAGUGGACGAAGACCGUUCUCCCCUGUGAGGGUCUCUGUCCACCCUCUGUCCACUCACAAGCAGUACUCUGGCACACACCUUUAGCCUGUGAUUGUGCUGCAAUCCACUCGGAAUGCCCUCUGCUCCUCAAAGUCUUAAUUUAUUUUCUCUGUAAUGUAAUUUCACAAAAUAAACUUUUAAAAAAAGGUU